UGUUUAGAACGCUGGGUACAUUCUUUUAGCGGUCUCCUUCUGCCCCCGUGUGGCUGAUUUGCGGAACUCCGCUACAUUCUCCACUUUCCAGUUUUGCCAGAUUUUCCGAGAAGUUGAGUUACACGUCACCGUGGAACCUGUACUGGUGAGAAGACGUGUACUGUGACCUCAGCAGUUCAUGCGUAUCAGCUGACCGUGUACAAGCAGCAAGGAACGUGUAGCUCUAAUGCAAAACAAUAACGGCUUCCCCCUCGCAGGCCCCUCCUCCACCCCGCGGAAGAGGCAGGUGCGUUUCUCGGCCCGCCACGACAUCAUGCUGCUGCGGGAGGUGAUCACUCAGAACCCCUUUUCCUCCAAGGAGCCGGGCCGCGUCUGGGCCAAGGUGGGCGAGCUGAUCACCGUGGCGCUGCAGGAUGAGAGCUUUGAGGUGGACGCACGCCGGUGCCGUGAGAGAACCGCGCUGCUCCUCGACUACUACAAGAAGCAGGACUUCCCCAGCCUGCGGAGGUUCGGGACGGAGCGGCUGUACGCCCAGAAGGAAGAUCUCCUUCAUGAAGUGCUUGAGCUGGAGGCAGAGAGGGGGCUGCUGGGCUCGGUGGAGGGGAAGUACCAGGACGAGACGCCGGCCGAGCUGAGGAAGAGAGCGCUGGAGGAGCUGGCUCACCAGGAGAGCGAGAAGCCAGAGCAGCCACUGCCAGGGCUGGGGCCGGAGCACACAGGUCCAGCCGCCCCUGAGGUGGAGGAGCAGGAGCAGGAGGAGCUUCCCGAGAUCCCGGCUCCGACGGCGAAGCGCGCGUGCCAGUGCUGCUGCCAGACCUACUCGGAGAUCCUGACCUUCCUGGAGAAGCGCUCUGAGGCGGAGCAGCGUCUGCGUGAGGAGGAGAUGGCCCUGCGCAGGGAGGAGCUGGAGAUCCAGAGGGGGAAGAUCACGCUGGAGAGGGAGAGGCUGGAGGCGGAGCGCAGGGAGCGGGAGAGGAGGUUCCAGCUGGAGAGUCAGGAGAGGCAGGUCAUACUGGACCUGCUCAAGGACAGGGUGCUGAAGUACUGAGCGCCCGGGCUACGGGAGAGACAGCAAUGCUUCCCAUUGGAGUCCCUCUCCCGAUCCAGGAGCUUAGAUCACCUUACCUUGCACCCAGGCCUGAGCUCUAGCCACUAGGCUUUCUCUAAUAGGGUGGGAAGCCAGAGAGGUGACUCAGCCUGCACUGAAAUGAAAGUGAAAUAGGUUAGUUAACAGUUGGAAGUUAAAGCUGUUCCUCAAGGAAAGCCCAGAAAUCAGAGCCAGCCUGGUUCACGAGACACAUGGUAAGACAGUGGCUAAAAUGGGUUUGGUAACCUGAGGUCCUCAGUGGAGGAAGCCAGAUUAACAAGAUUUUUUUUUUUUGUGGGCUAAAAAGCAAAAGGAAUUUUAUGUGAAAAAUUAACAGUGGCUUGAUUUUAAGCUGUAGAAGUUUAAAAACAUAUAAACUGGUACUCAGAAACAGAUUCCUGUAAGUUUAAUUUAUUAUUAUUAUUUUUUUUUUACUUUAGCCAAACAGUAAAUAUACUGCAUGUCGAUAAUCUGAAAUUGCAAUUUUAGUUUUUUUCAAUAUGUUUAAUAUUGUAGUCCGCCUUGAUGUAUUGUACUUUGCCACUGUAUUUGAAAACACAUGUAGAAUAUGAAGUAUGGAAGUAAAAUCUACAUUUUAUAAAUGUCAACAGUGUACUUUUUGUUAACACAAAUUGCUCAAUUCACUCAAUUACUAUAACCCUCCAUCCAGAUAGACCUGGAGUGUAAUACACCUCGGGGCUGAGAUUGGCCACCCUUGAUUAAAAACGGACUUGCACUUAGUUCAGUCGCUUUCAGCGGCAGUGUGGGGCUGUCCAACUAAACCUGGGCCAGCCUGCUUGUGUGGGACCGGUGCGACUAUUUCAGUUUCAUCUUUGCACCACAGAGCGCAUUUGAAGAGAAGACCAUCUAAGAAAAUCAUCUUCGUGCACCCGCCCCUUUUUAUUUUAAAUAUUAGGGCCAGUUUUUCUUUUGUCAGUUGGACUAUGAAGAAUAUUCUAACGUUUUCUGGUUGUACCUUUUUACCAGCGAUGCGUUAUAAAUAGUAAUUUUGUUGUAGUCACAAUCUUACCAAAGGAUUAAGAUUUUAAGAUUCACAAAAGCCUCCACUGGGACUUUCGGCCUUUGUCUGCUAACUAACUAACUAACUAACUAACUAACUAACUAACUAACUAACUAACUAACUAAAUAAAUAAAUAAAUAAAUAAAUAAUAAAAAUUACCAAUUUU